UCGUCACCGUUCCAAGCUUUUUGUUGUCAAGCACAGACGAUUGGAACGGCGUCAACCAGAGCAAAGGUAAACGGGAACGUGGAAAAUCAAGUUGUCGAUGUAAAAAUAGUAGCGACAUCGGGCAGCAACCUCCCACUGACCCACAGUCGCCUUUGCUGGAACGCACAUCCAUUCCGUGCUCAACCAGAUGCGCAUCGUCGCUGCUCCUUCCCCUCUCCGGUCCACUUACUCCAAGAUGGAGGAGGAGCCGACGAUGGAGGAGGGGGUGGAGAGGGCGGCGGAGGGUGGGAGCCUCCUCUGGGGAGAUGAUUUCUCCGUCGACGACCUCCUUAAUCUCGAGGUCGUAGAGAACGAGGAGGAGGAGGAGGGAGACGAUGAGGACGGAGAGAUCGAGGCGGUAGAACACGAGGAAGGGGAAAACAGCAACUCUUCGUCUGUUUCCUUCGAACCGCCGGCCGUGGCUCUCCAUGGACUCACUCUUCCGGCGCACGACGCGGCGGAGUUUGAGUGGGUUUCUUUCUUCAUGGACGACUCCCUCUCUGAAUUCCCGUCGUGCUCCGGCGUCGCUUUAUCGGCGUCGGCGGAUGGAAGCCUCGCCGACGGCGGAGCUCUAGCCGGAAACAGUCGUAAAGGUGCCUCCUUUUUGAGCUCUGCGGUCUGUAUUCUGUCCACUGAAGCUAAGGUCCCGACCAAGGCCAAACGGAGCAAGCGUCCAUGCCGGGGAGCCGCCCCCUGGUCCAUGACCAUCGGACACCUCUUCCAGGAAUCACCCUCUAACUCGACCGUCUCCUCCUCGUCUUCCUCCUCCUCCGCUCCAAUCAUUCCUCCCUUCCUCGCGCAUGCCCACCCGCCCAGCGCCGACCGACGAAGAUUCCUCCUUCGCGACAUCCCGCCGCCGGCGAAGACGCAGAAGCCGAAGAAACGAGGCAGGAAGCCGAAAAAACCUGCGGCCGAAGCCGUGGAGUCGCACGGACAGCGGCGUUGCGCUCACUGCGGUGCACACAAGACGCCGCAGUGGAGGGCGGGCCCCCUCGGCGCAAAGACCCUCUGCAACGCCUGCGGUGUGCGAUUCAAGUCCGGCCGCCUCCUGCCAGAGUAUCGGCCUGCCUGCAGCCCCACCUUUGUCGGCUACAUCCACUCCAACUGCCACCGCAAGGUCCUCGAGAUGCGCCGCAAGAAGGAGGCGCCGCCGCCGGUCCCAACGUCGUAAGCCGGUCAACUAUAGCCCACCGCAUUCCUUUUUCCGGUAUAGCGUUCUAGCAGUCUAGAUGUCGGGUACUUUGUUCAUUGUAACGUUUCGGGCGAUAUAACUGAGGUAACACUCAUCAAUUAAAUAGGUAGGAUUAGGAGUAAUCUAGUCUAAAAUUAGUUAAUGGAUUGGAUGAUAAGGGAUAAUUAUUAAUUAAUUAUGCAGCGUAAUUAGUGCCGUCGUAGUUUUUGUUUUUUGGCCAAUAAAAUAUCCCUUUUCGUUGAAUUA